AUGCCCAGUAGCAAUACAAUCUCCCAACAGCAGCCUCAACCCGACUAUAUCUACCGUCCCGAGGAUCCAGAACAGUCCGACCGGUUUCGCGCCGCCAGCGAGGCGCCUUCAAACCCUAACCACCUCGCCUCUGGUCUCUCUCGACGCUACCACGCGCUAUCGCACAACAUGGAGCAGAACGAAGUCAAGUCGCUCACCCGGUUGCAGAUCCUUACACCCCUGUCGGUGUUGCUGCAGAUGGGUGUCAUGAUCUUGUGUGGGUCCAAGCUGAUCAAGCCCAACCUUCAGCAGGUGUCGCAUCGUCAUCCCACCUACCUCUCGAUUCAGGACUCGUUUGUCUUGUUCUAUUGGGCCAUCUUAUAUGUGCUUCUAAUCGGAUUCUCAGUGUUCCUACUGAUCAGUCGUACCCCAGAGACCAAGAAGGCGCUUGUUCAUGGUGUCGGUACCCGCUUGGCAUUGGCCAACUACAUGAUGGUCCUCUGGGCUAUCUUUUGGAUUCUUGACCGUCGACUUACUUUCAUCCUCGGCACUGUCACGCUUGGUAUCAUUGCGCUGAUUCUCCUCUUCAACGCUCUCGUCCUGGCAGUGAGGUACGCUCCCUCGGUAAGGCACCCGCUCGACUGGCUCUUCAUCCACGUGCCUAUCAAGAUGUUCCUUGUCGUCACUCUACAGUACGAUCUCUGGCAGCAGCUUUUCAUGGCUCUUGGAUGGGACUUUGGCGCUGGCGGUCACGAUGCUCUCGUCCAGGGCCUCUGGCCCGCAUUUGGCAUCGUCACUGGUCUUGGCGCCUUUUCGGCUCUAUGGAUCUUCGCUACUGCCGACCUCACAUGGACUGUAGCCGGUAUCUAUCUCAACGUCGGAUUGCUCUGGCACAAGCACUUCAGUCUCAUCGGUGGUCGAGACGACGGUGAACCCCGACCUGCUCCCCUCACCGCCGCUAUUAUCUUGAGCAUCUCGCUCCAAGGUGUUGCCUUGCUCGCUGGUAUCGCAUGGAAGAGGAUCAAAGCUAGACAGGAGGGUAGGAUUGCUCUUCCUCUCAGCCCUGAAGAAGAGGCGGCAGUCUACAGAGCUGAAGCAGAGAGGAACGCUCGUGCUGCUGCCUCUGCUCAACCUCCGUCCUCGGGUGCAGGUGCAGGCGUUGACGGUGCUCGGGUUUCGAACGAAGUCGCUCCUGUGCCAAAAAUGGCUGAUGCACAGGUGCAGGCAAAGAAGAAGGUCAAUGACGUUGCGGAUGAAGAAGCCGCUGCUGAGUCCAGUGGCGCUACUAAGGUUACCAGGAAGCUUGGAAGUCCUAGCAAGAAGAAGUAA